ACUUGCGACCUGACUGCAGCUACAACCUUCAUAUUAAUGGACUCGAUUUUAAACUCAUCCUUGCAAGAAAUCUGCUCGGAAGGUCCAAACGGUCUCCCUCUUCAAACCCUCUCCUCCAGGCUCAACCUCUCUCCGCCACUCCAACAACCCCUAUGGGCGGCGCUACUCUCCGUCCCCGCCCUCAAAUUCCACGCCCAAACCCAAAACGCCACCGUUUCGCACCUCCCCACAGACCCUUCAAUCCAGUCGUUCCGCGACGCCGAGAAGCUCAACCUGAAGCUCGUCGCCGACCAGCCUCUCCGCAACAACUUCCUCGGCCUCUACGACGUCCAGUCCGCAUCCGACACCAUGUGCGAGUACCAACGCAAAACCCUAGAGCGCGUGGCCGCGGCUGGGUCAUAGGGGAUCACGCAGAGUCAACUAUCCAAG